AUGUUGGAAGGCCUGGUUGCUAAUCUGCUCAACCGAUUCCUCGGAAUAUACGUCAAGAAUUUCGAUGCGAAGCAGCUGAACAUCGGAAUUUGGUCGGGCGAUGUCAAACUGCGGAACCUCGAGCUGCGCCGGGAAGCGCUCGACCAGCUUCGCCUUCCAUUAAACGUUGUCGAGGGCCAUCUCGGCGAGCUUACCUUAUCGAUUCCGUGGUCCAACCUAAGAGGCAAACCCGUCAAGGUCGACAUCGAGGAUGUGUUUUUGCUCGCGGCGCCGAAGGAAGAUGCAGACUACAACACCGAGGAGGAGGAACGGAGGCAGCAUGCGCUGAAAAUGGAGAAGAUUGAGGGCGCGGAGAUUCUACGCGAACAAAAUGCGGACGGUAUGAGCCAGGAAGAACAGCGACGGAACCAAAGCUUCACCGAGAGCAUGGUCACGGCCGUGGUCGACAACCUUCAGAUCUCCAUUAAGAACGUGCAUUUUCGCUACGAGGACUCGAUUGCCUCUCCAGGCCACCCCUUUGCCGUGGGCUUGACCCUGAAAGAGCUCAGCGCCGUCAGCACAGACUCGGAAUGGAAUCCUACUUUCAUCCAGUCCACCUCUGGAAUCACACACAAGUUGGCAGUUCUCGGUGCCCUCUCUGUCUACUGGAAUACAGAUGCUACGCUGUUGGGAACCGGUAGAGGCUCUGAUAUUGGCGCCGAGGCUCAGGGGACCAGCCACGAAGAGUUGAUGGAGAAAUUGCGGACCGCAAUUGACAGCGACGAAGGCAACCAGUUCAUGCUUCGCCCCGUGAGUGGACGUGCUGGUCUUGAACUGGACAAAUCAGGGAAACACGACCGCCCCGCAAUCAAAGCGCGUCUCCUGUUCGAUGAGCUGGGUUUUGUCUUGGAUGACAAUCAAUAUCGCGAUGCUCUGAUGCUGGUUGAUCUGUUCCAUUACUUCAUCCGCCACCAGGAGUACAAAAAACUCCAGCCCAAGUGCUCUCCGAAAGAAGAUCCUCGCGCGUGGAUGAAGUUCGCUGGAGACGCGAUCCUCAGCAAAAUUCAUGAUCGCAAUAGACGCUGGACCUGGGACUACAUCAAGGAACGCAGAGACGACCGCAUAGCCUACAUAAAUUUGUUCAAGAAGAGGAAACGAGAAGAGGCUCUUUCUUCGGAAGAAACCAAAACCCUGGAAGCACUGGAAUGGAAACUUAGCUACGAGGAUAUAAGGUUCUGGCGAUCGCUCGCAAGGAACCAGCUGCGCAAGGAAAAUGUCGGAAUCAAGAAACCCGCCCGCCAACAGACAUGGGGCGAGUGGAUCUGGGGCGCCAAAAAGGAAGAGGACGAAGAAGAAACCACCAUGACCGAGGAGCAGCGGCAAGAGCUCUACAACGCGAUUGACUGGGACGAAAAGAAGGCAAUCUCGGAGAGCGUCGAUGUUCCACGGGAAUGGGUCAAGUUGCAGGUCAAUUGGAGUCUCCGCGCCGGCAGCUUCACCCUGAAACAGGACCCUCACGGUGCUGCGAAUGAAGUCAUGAAGCUGGUGUUUGACAAUUUCCGUGCAAAAGCCCUUCAGCGGCCAGACUCCUAUCUCCUUGAUCUGGACCUCGGUGGCUUGAAAAUGUACGACGGCACCACUCCCGGCAGUCUCUACCCCCAAAUCGUGAAAGUGAAGGAUUCCCUUCCCGAGCCCUCCAAACGCGAAGAAAAAAGUGGUGAGGAUGAUGACCUUGCCUCGGAAGCGAGUGCAGAUGUCAUCGAAGAUGAAGACAGUCUGUUCCACCUGCAGCUUGAGAAGAAUCCAUUAGACAGCGACGCAGACUCGGCCGUCAAGGUCAAGCUGAAGAGUAUUGAGGUCAUCUACAACCCUCGAUUUUUGGUGGGGAUUGUAAAAUUUUUCGAACCACCCGAGCGACAUAUGGAGUCUAUUGGAGCACUUUUGGAUACUGCAGGUGCCACAGUCGAAGGCCUCAGACAGCAAACCCGAGCGGGACUGGAGUUUGCCCUGCAGGAACACAAGAAGGUUGACGCGCAGUUCGAUGUGCACGCGCCUUUGAUCAUUGUUCCGGAAAGCAUUACGCAGGAAUCUUCGCUGUGCUUGAUCCUUGAUGCCGGUCAUGCGAGUGUCAACAGUGAACUGGUCGACCGCCAGGCCAUGCGAGACCUUCAAUCCAAGCAGAAGCGGACAUACGAAGCGGAGGACUACAAGCAAUUAGAGCACUUGCUUUACGAUCGCUUCCUCAUCAAGCUGGAUUCCACGCAGCUCCUGAUUGGACCCGGCGUGGAUGCAACAAAAGCGCAGCUCAGUUCAGGUGUCGAGUCCAAGAACUUCCAUAUCAUUGACCGGAUCAACGUCGACUUUGUGCUGGAGAUGUGUAUUGUGCCGAAACAGACCCAGCUCACGCGCACGCGCAUCUCGGGCCAUUUGCCAGAACUUCAUGCCUCCAUGUCGGACACCAAAUAUAAGGGAUUGAUGAAGCUGAUCGACAUUGCCAUUCCGCACUUCGAGAAUGAUAAACCAGCGUCUGAUCCUACAUCACUUGAAGCCAAGAAAGAGGAAACAGCGCUAGCCACGAGAGCCAGAUCGUCCUCUUUCCAACCUCCGGUCCUCCCUGUCGUCGACGAAGAUUUCGAGGCAGAUUCAGACAGUGAACAGGCCAAGAAGAGUCUGGAUACACCGACUAACAUUCAUCGCCGAGAUUUCGAGUUUAAAUUCACCGUUGGCCGCCUUCGCGGGUCCUUGUUUCGGUCCAAGUCGCAUGAUAUGCAACACGAUCAACUGCUGGUUGAAUUGGUCGCCGAAGGGUUCGAGCUGGACUACUACAUGCGUCCUUACGACAUGGUUGCUGAAGUGGUCCUGAAAUCACUGAGUGUGGACGACUAUAUUGAGGAAAACCCGGUUCCUGAAUUCAAGAGGAUUAUCUCUUCGAAAGGGUUUAACGCCGACGAGGAUAAGGAUCUUUUCCAUUUGAAGAUGGUACGGGUCAAACCCGAGUCUCCAGAAUUUGAGUCGACCUACGAAGGAGUGGCGAUGAAUCUCGAUAUAUCGGUCUCGACAAUCAACCUCGUAGUGACACGGAAGACGCUCCUCACGCUCCUGGACUUCAUACUUCUCACCUUCACAAACCCUCAACAGCCACCUGCCCAAGACGAUCAACCCGACAAGGCCAUACAGGAAUUGAACAAUACCGAUGAGCAGCCCCAGCAGGUUGGGAAACUGCGCAUCAAGACCAAUCUCCAGAGUAUCGCGCUGAUCUUAAACAACGAUGGCGUCCGCUUGGCAACUCUGAGUCUCAAUACUGCAGAUGUCGGCAUUUUCCUCGUCGGUCGUGCCAUGACCAUCCAGUCUCGGAUAGGAAGCUUGACCUUGGUCGACGAUGUCAACCUCGGUGCAUCGGAGGAGUCGGACAUUCGACGACUCAUGACCAUCGAAGGCGACAACUUUGCAGACUUCAAGUACGAAACCUUCGAUCCUGAAAGCGAUACUUAUCCCGGCUAUGACUCUGAGGUCUAUCUACGGUCUGGCUCCAUUAAAAUCAAUUUUUUGGAGGAACCCUACCGUAAGAUCAUCAACUUCUUGGUCAAGUUUGGCAAAAUGCAAGCCAUUUUCAAUGCAGCCCGGCAGGCAGCGGCGAACCAAGCGAACCAGUUGCAGGAGAACGCUUCGCGAAUGCGGCUUGAUAUCGUGGUCAAGACUCCGAUCGUCGUGUUCCCACGAGUGGUGGCAGAUGACCGGCCGCGAGAUACGAUCACGGCACACCUCGGUGAAAUUUAUGCCAAGAACGAAUUCGUGCCCAUGGACGACUCCAAGGACAGUCCCGCAGUCAACGUGAUCUCAACUGGCGUUCGCAACAUCCGCCUUACCUCCAACUUGCAUUUCAAUGGUGGUGUCUCGGAAGAGCUGGAAAUGAUCCAGAAAGUCAAUCUCGAGUUCAGUAUCUGCUACUUGGAGCAUCAAACCGACAAUUCGCGACCGGAUAUGGAGGUCGAAGGUUCUUUGUCGCCUAUCAACCUGCGCAUCUCGCAAAGUCAACUCAAAUUUUUGUUGGCUCUUUCAAAGUCGAUCCCGGCUGCAUUUGCGACUGAUGCUGAGCAACAGGAACUUGAGGCCAUGGAGUCUCUGCCUUCGUCCGUUACUGAACCCACACGCGAGGCCACCUCAAAAGCUGUACAGGCCCCCAGUGAUGGCGAAAAUCAAGAAGUAUGGGUACGACUUGAUAUGAUCUUUAAAGUGGACAGCGUUGGCCUGGAGCUUAUUCUAGGGACCGACAACCAACCCGUUGGCAGCUUGGAAGAUUCUAGUCUUUCCAAGUUCUCCCUCAACGACACCAGAGUCAAGCUGCGCAUGUUGACGGAUGGAUCGUUGGAUUCGGAGUUACUGAUUCACUCGUUCUCGAUCCGAGAUAGCCGUCGCCAGGACACGAACAAGUUUAGGAACAUUAUGUCACUCAUCAACAACGACGUUAAGCAGCAGUUCAUGGCUAGCGUUUCCAUGUCCCCUGGUCCGGAGAAGCAUCUCAUUGCGAUGUUGACGAUUGACAGCCCUCGCAUCAUGUUCGCCUUGGACUAUCUCUCCGCUCUGCAGUCCUUUACGCAUUCGGCAUUUGCAUCGGACGAACCAGAGGAAAUUUUCGAGGAAGAAACAGAAUCCCCUGAAGAAUCCGACCUCGGAUCCGUUGCUGCGAGCGUCGACCAAGCAUCGACAGAAACGUCAGCUGGAGACAACCAGGCUGAAAAAAUGACCGUGUCAUUUCGGGCGAACCUGGUGGAUGCUCAGGUUAUUAUGGUUGCGAACCCUGCCAUCCCUCACUCCGAAGCCAUUGUGCUUGGGACGAAGGAGAUCCUCAUCUCUCACCAGAAUGUCUCAACGCUGCAGAUUCAGAAGGUUGGUAUGUUCUUGUGCCGCAUGGACAAGUUUGAAACAAGCCGACUUCGGAUUCUGGACGAUUUCACCGUGGAACUUUCUGUUGAUAGCCGACCGCAAGAAAAGGGAUCUGCUUUGACCUCCAUCGAGGGUCACGUAGAGCCACUCGUUCUCAGGUUGUCGCUGCGUGAUAUCUUGAUGGCAAUUCAGAUUGUCAACAAGGCGUCUGAGAUGAGGGCUCGCAAUGCUCAGCAGGUCGAGGGCAGUGAUGCGAAGAAGAUUGCUGAUGGAAAGGGCACGAGGGCACGAUCGGCGAGCAAGACGUCCUCGACUAUAGCAACCCGCACCCGGCGCCGCCUGAGCCAGACGAUUGAAACCGUGGACAAGAGCGUUUUACCGCAGACCUCGGCAGUCCUGAAGCGCGAAGAAUUAUCGGCCAAGAUGGAUGGCCUUCGUGUGAUUCUUAUCGGAGACCUGCACGACUUGCCUCUUCUCGACUGGAGUGUCAAGGGAUUCACCGUGAACGUACGGGACUGGUCCUCUACGCUGAGUGCAGACACAAAUUUCGAUACCUAUCUAAAUGUCUACAACUUCUCGAAGUCGGCAUGGGAGCCAUUGAUUGAACCGUGGCAACUGGGAUUCCAUAUGGCCAAGGAGGUCAACCCAGAUGUUCUUUCCAUUGAUGCGUAUUCCCACAAGAAUAUGGAACUCACUGUCACUUCUGCCACGAUUGCUCUCGCAUCCAAAUCCUUCCAGUUCCUGUCUACGGAUGAAGAUGUUCUCUCUAAGCCAAGAGGCGCUGAUGCUCCUUAUCGGAUCCGCAACCACACCGGGUUCGAUCUUAGAGUUUGGGCCGAUGUCAGCGCUGGGGAGGACGGUCCUGCCGCGAAGCUCAGUGAUGGAGAAGAAGCUCCCUGGCGUUUUGAGGAUUCCACCGCUGUUCGAGAGACACUUACGCCCGAAGGCCAUGGCGGUGUGGUGGGCGUGAAGCUGGAAGGAAGUGGGUUUGACAGCAUCGCCCGAAUUCCUGUGGUGCGAGAAGGAGAGGUCAUCUACGGGUUGAAACCCAAGCAAGAUGGUGUCCUGCACCGUUUGCUUGUGGAGGUCACGCUGGGAGCCAACAAUGUCAAGUAUAUCACCUUCCGAUCCCCGUUCCUCAUUGAGAACAACACACAGAUCCCCGUCGAACUGGGUGUCGUCAGCCCUGGUGAAGGCAACUUGUUGAAGAUCGAGAAGAUUCUCCCAGGCGAUGCUCGCCCCGCCCCCGUUGGAUCAGCAUUUCUCCAUUCGGUGGUUAUCCGGCCUGACCAGGGCUUUGGGUAUGACUGGUCAAACGAGCAGCUGUUUUGGAAAGACCUUUUGCGCCGGCCAACGCGAACGGUCAAGUGCGUCAGCGAGAAUGGACAGCAGUCGCCUCCUUUCUAUUUCCAGGUCAAUGCAACCUACGAGUCGAAGGACUCACUCACAAGCACGUACCCCUACAUGCGUGUUCGCAUUUUUGCACCCGUGGAAAUUGAGAACCUACUGCCUUAUGACUUCAAGUACCGCAUUUAUGACAAGAACACUAAGAAGGACUGGACAAACUUCUUGCGGAAGGGAGGUGUGAGCCCCGUUCACGUGGUGGAGCUGUCUCACUUACUCCUGCUGAGCAUCGACCUGGAGGACACCGUCUUCCGUCAGAGCGAAUUUGGCAUCAUUAACGGGAAUGCUCAGGACUAUCGCAGAGAGCAUACCCUUUGCCUGAAAGAUGAACACCAUCUGCAGUUGAAGCUGAACCUGCACUAUUUCAACAUCCCCAAUAGUGGAGGCGCCUUCAAGGUCUCUGUCUACAGCCCGUACCUCAUUCUGAACAGGACCGGUCUCCCCAUGGAUAUUCAAAGCAAGGCCUUCCUCCAGUCCGCGCGAAAUGCUGCUGGCCAAGGACUCAGAGUUGACCCGAGAGACGGAGGCCGUGCGCUGCCGUACAUGUAUUCUUACUCCACGGAUGACCAGCGGAACCGAUCUAUCCUAAAGGUCGGUGACUCUGCAUGGAGUAAGCCCCAGAGUCUCGAGGCCAUCGGCAGCACCUUUGAAGUGAUCUUCCCCGACCGGACUGGCAGAUCUGAAUUUCACUCCGGAGUCUCUGUUAACAAAGGCGAAGGCAAAUACAAGCUGACAAAGGUGGUGACCAUCGCACCGCGGUUCAUUUUGAAGAACAAGCUUAGCGAAGAUCUUCAAGUGCGCGAGCCCGGGUCGUCGAAUGUUGUUCAGAUCAAGAGCGGUGAAUUGAUCCCGCUGCACUUCCUGCGACAAGUUGCGGAGAAACAACUCUGUCUCUGUUUCCCCGGUGUCAAUAAUCAGUGGUCCUCGCCGUUCAAUAUUGCGGAUGUCGGGACCGUGCAUGUCAAGCUGGCUAAGGCGAACCAGCGACAGCGGUUGAUUAAGGUGGAUGUCAUCAUGGAGGACGCGACACUCUUCCUACACUUUAGUCUCGAGACGCGGAACUGGCCGUACUCGAUGCGCAAUGAAAGUGACAUGGAGUUCCUCUUCUACCAAGCCAAUCCAAAUGUCGAAGAUGAUGAAGACGACCGAACGAGCGGCUGGCGGCCGAUUCGGUAUCGUUUGCCGCCGCGGAGUAUCAUGCCUUAUUCUUGGGACUAUCCCGCGAGUAAGAACAAGUCUCUCGUCUUGACCUGCAAUGGGAAAGAGCGCCAUAUCAGGCUUGCUGAGAUUGGUAAUUUGAUUCCGAUGCGCGUUCCACCUUCACAGCAAGGCGGAUACCAGAAGAUCAUCGACAUCAGCAUCGUUGCCGAUGGGCCCACUCAGACUCUCAUGCUGUCGAAUUUCAAGCCUUCCAAGAGUAUCUACAAGCAGCAGAAGGCCCAGUCCAGCACGAGCACUACUGGGUUUGAAGUCAAGGAAAUGAGUUCAGAAGUGAACUUCAAGGCCCAGCUUCGUCUGGGCGGCAUUGGUAUUUCCUUGAUCAACCAGAAUCUACGGGAGCUGGUUUACCUCACCUUCCGGGAAAUCGAGAUCAAGUACAGGGAGUCGAGGCUGUACCAGACUCUGAACACGACGAUCAAGUGGAUCCAGAUCGACAAUCAGUUGUAUGGCGGCAUUUUCCCAAUCCUGUUGUAUCCCAGUGUGGUUCCCAAGACCGGAAAGGAGAUGGAGGCGCACCCGAUCUUCCACGCGAUGGUGACUAGGGUCAAAGACGACUCCUAUGGUGUUCUUUACAUCAAGUAUGCCACACUGCUUCUGCAGCAGAUGACCCUUGAGCUAGACGAGGACUUUGUCAUGGCCAUGCUGGACUUCGUCAAGAUCCCUGGAGCUUCGUGGACCGAGGAGCAAGAGGAGGGCGAACUGUGUGAAGAGGAUCUGAAUAUUCCAGAACCACAGCAGGAAGACGCCGGUCAGGAUGUCUACUUUGAGCUUCUUCACUUGCAGCCCAUGCAGUUAGAUAUCUCUUUCAUGCGGACUGAGCGUGUCAAUGUGGAGGAUACAAUCCAGCCGUCCAACCCGCUGAUGUUCUUCAUCAAUAUCAUGACCAUGUCGAUGGGUAAUGUCAACGACGCGCCUAUCCGACUCAAUGCUCUGAUGCUGGAAAAUGCCCGUGUCUCCUUUGGGCGCUUGGUCAGCAACGUCCGCGCGCACUACACACAAGAAUUCUUGCGUCAAGUCCACAUCAUCGUUGGUUCGGCUGAUUUCCUGGGUAAUCCCGUCGGUCUGUUCAACAAUAUCAGCUCCGGUAUGGCCGCCAUCUUCUAUGAGCCGUACCAAGGCAUGGUCGUGACCGACCGACCCCAGGAGCUCGGCUACGGCAUUGCAAAAGGAGCCACCUUCUUCGUCAAGAAAUCCAUCUUUGGAUUUUCGGACAGUAUGGCGAAGCUUACUGGAAGUAUGUCCAAGGGUCUUGCGGCUGCGACUCUGGACAAGGAGUUCCAAAACCAGCGACGGAUGUCCAAAUCUCGUAAUCGCCCCAAGCACGCAUUGUACGGCAUCACGGCUGGCGGUAAUGCCUUUGCAACUAGCUUAGCUAGUGGAAUUGGUGGGUUGGCCCGCCAUCCAUUGCAAGGUGCGGAGAAGGAAGGUGCCCUGGGAUUUUUCAAAGGUGUUGGAAAGGGUGUUUUAGGUCUGGCCACCAAGCCAGCCAUUGGUGCCUUUGACCUAGCCUCCAAUCUCGCAGAAGGCGUCCGAAACACCACCACCGUUUUCGACGCAGAGGGCCUCGACCGCGUCCGUCUAACCCGCUUCAUCGGCAUGGACGGCAUCGUCCGCCCGUACUCCCAGCGCGAAGCCCUUGGCCAGUUCUGGCUUAAGACCACAGACGACGGCAAGUACUUCAACGAGGAUUACAUCGCCCACCUGGAACUACCUGGUCGCGACAUGCUGGUUCUGUUGACGUACGCGUGUAUCAUGCUCGUCCGCGCGAAGAAGCUCGACACUGAGUGGGACAUCCGGCUUACGGAUAUCCAAACUAUCUCCAAGGAACGCACCGGCAUGAGUAUCACGCUUAAGGGUGGCGCAAACGGGCCCUUUAUUCCUGUUCAGGAGGAGAGCGCCAGAAACUGGCUGUAUAAGCAGAUUGCUAUUGCGGUCAAUGCCUUCAAUGAGAAGUAUAAUUCCAAUCGAGGAUAG